AUGAACUGUUUGCAUCAGGAGAAUUUGCCUAAGAUUAAUCCCGGGAGUAAAGCAGCCAUGGCUAACCUCUGCCCAGGAGAUAUUAUUCUGGCAAUUAAUGGAGAGAGCACAGAAAACAUGACUCAUCUAGAGGCACAGAACAAGAUCAAAGCAUCUAUGGACCAACUGUUGCUAUCUGUGAACAGAGCUGAAGCCAAGGCCUGGUCCCCCACCGUUCCAGAAGAUGGAAAAGCACAAGCUUACAGGGUCAACGUAGAGGCUGAACCACAGGAUAAUGGACCUGUUCAGAGCAAAAGGCCAGUGCCUCACACUGCUGGAGGGAGCCCGACUGACAGCAAACAGAUGUUGAACGUACAGUACAAUAAUCCAACGCGACUCUAUGCCAAUAACAAUGCUGAGUCCAGUUUGCCAGCACAGCUGAGUGGGCUCCAUAUUGCUGCUUCCCAAAGUGCUGACCCUUUGAGGUCCCUUCCACGGAGCAGAAAUGGGAUCGACAUGGAGUCAGAUGUGUACAAGAUGCUUCAGGAUUAUGAAAAGCCAGUCUCAGAGCCUAAGCAGUCUGGAUCUUUCCGAUAUUUGCAAGGCAUGUUAGAAGCUGGGGAGAAUGGUGAAAAACACAAUAGGAUGGCUGGCCCUCGAAACAUCAAAUCGCCAGUAUCAAAACUUGGCGGUGCCAUGUCUGGAUUGCAAAUGCUUCCCGAGUGCACCCGAUGUGGAAACGGGAUUGUAGGAACGAUCGUCAAAGCCCGGGACAAGCUCUACCACCCAGAAUGCUUCAUGUGCGAUGACUGUGGCCUAAACCUGAAGCAUAGGGGGUAUUUCUUCAUUGAGGAGCAGCUGUACUGCGAAACACAUGCAAAGGAAAGGGUUAAGCCCCCAGAAGGCUAUGACGUGGUAGCUGUUUAUCCAAAUGCUAAAGUUGAACUUGUCUAAACCCAUACUCUAUUCCUGGAGAGGUCAAAAGGUGGCUCGCCCACCCACACGCACGGCGCUAGUUUUAAAAUAUGGCUGUAAUCAACUCCGAUGACUGGAGUCUCAGUAAAAUGCCUUUUUAUAGAUAAAACGGUUUACACUAGGGAUCUCCAAGGGAUGGUGUUGAAAGCGUAUGAGCAGGUUUUUUCCUUCCUUUUGACACUCUGCUUUGGGGUUUUUAGUUCCUGCCAUAGCCUUGUCCAAGAUCUGUGUAAAUAUUGAUUAAUUUUCUACUUUGUUUCAUAUAAAACCAGUAUUCUUUUUUUUUUUCCCCCUCUUCAUUUUAAAAUGUAAGGAAAACAUUUUAAAAAGCGCAAAAGGAAAUAAGGCACUUUAAGAAAAAAAACAGACUUUUAUUGCAUUGCUUUCAUUUCAUACCUUUCAGUAAUACAUGCCGCUGCAGCUUUCAGAGUGAUAAAAGAUUGAAGCCAUGUGGAAACUAAGUACAGUAACUGCAAUGUAGCAUUGAUGAUGGAGUGAAAGAGUCUCUAAGCUAAAUCUGAUCUCACAUAGAGGUGACUGUG